AUGAGAGAUGAGUUUAGGAGUUUUUGUCUAAAUGCUACUAUUAUUUUAAAAAAGGCUUCAAUAUUUUUUAUUUCUCAUGUUGGAUUAUGUAUUCUUGUUGCUUCAUAUGCAGUUAUGGGAGCUUUCAUGUUCCGAUCAAUAGAAUAUCCAGAAGAGUUAAAAUUUCAAGGACAUAUCCGUAAUGAUACUUGGACUGUUGUAACAGAAUUAUAUGAUUUUAUUCAAAAUUCAGAUGUUAUAGAAGAAAGAGAAGUUAAAAAAAAGGCACAUGAAUUAUUAAAAAAAUUUGAAAUUCAAUUGGUAAAUGCUGUUAAUUUUGAGGGAUAUGAUGAGAAGGAUGAUGAUAUAACACCAACAUAUCAAUGGACAUUUUCUGGAGCAUUACUUUUUUCAAUAACAGUUUUUACAACAAUUGGUUAUGGACAUAUAUGUCCUAAGACACCACUUGGUCGGGGAAUGACAAUAAUUUAUGCUAUGAUUGGUAUUCCAUUAAUGUUAUUAUGUUUAGCAAAUAUUGCUGAAAGUUUAGCACAAAUAUUUACAUUUAUUUAUUUUAAAGUUUGUUGUGCAUAUUGUAGAUGGCAACAACGUCGUAGGAGAAUUAAAAGAUCAGCUUUAUCUCUUAGAUAUCAUCCAAAUGCUCCAAUAAAUUUGAAACGUGCACAUUCAGGAGGAAGAAGUGGAAGUUCUGGUAGAUAUAAUAAUUUAAAAAGAAAUGCAAGUUUAAAAAGAAAAGGUACAAAUCAAUUUAGUAUGUAUUCUGAUACCAAAUCAAUUAGAUCAAUUAGAAGUCUUUCAAAAUAUGAUAGAGAUCAUUUUGACUCAAAAUCAUUAACAUAUAAAAGAACAAUAUCUCGUUCACCAAAUCCUAUUAUAUCACGUUCCACAAUUAAUCAUAAAAGGCAUCAUCGUGGACAUGGAUUAAUACAUAUGGAUUCAAUAAAUAGUCCUCCAAUAGAUUAUGUUGAACAUGGUGGUAUCAGAGUUAGUAAUGUUAAUAUUUAUGAAAAAAAAAAGAGAAGAGAUAUACCAACAAGUAGAAGUAAUACAUUUAAAGGUCAUCCAUUAAAAGGUGGUCUUCCGGUAAGAUAUCUUAACCAUUCAGAGGAUGACAAAGCUACGAUAAUUGAAAUGAAAAGUGGUUAUGAUAAACAAAAAUUUAUUAAAAGAAAACAUGAUAACAGUGAUGUAGAAAAAGGUGGAAAAUUACCACAAAUAACUGUUAGUGAUAAUGAAAAAGAAGAAACAAGUUGUCAGUUAACAUAUUCAGAUGAUGAUGAGUAUGGUGAUCAGGAACAUCGUUAUUUACAAUCUGGAACAGAUAUGACACAUGAAGAAGAAAGAUAUAGUCUUGGAAUUGGUAGUGGUAGUCAUAUACCUCUUCGUCAAAGUGAUUCUAUUCAUAGUAGAAGACGUGAUAAUGAUUCAAGAAGUUAUAAAUCAGAAAGAAGUGAUGAUUUAAGUAUACGAAGUUUUAGAAGAAAUGGAAGAAAAGAAAAAAUGCCUGUUUCUGUUGGUAUAGUAACAGUUAUUGUAUUUAUAGCUGGUGGAGCUAUACUUUUUGCUGUUUGGGAAGAUUGGAAUUUAUUUGAUGGUGCAUAUUAUUCUUUUAUUACUUUAUCAACAAUUGGUUUUGGUGAUAUAGUUCCAGGACAAUCAUUAGAUGAGGGAAGUCAAGAAAAAUUAAUUGUUUGUGCUUUCUACUUAUUAUUUGGUAUGGCAUUAAUUGCUAUGUGUUUUAAACUAAUGCAACAAGAUAUUCUUGAUAAAGCACGUUGGAUUGGUAAAAGAAUUGGUAUUAUUGUUAAAGAAGAUAGUUUUGAAUCAGAAAGUGAAUUUGGUGAUUCAAUGAUAUUAGAGGAAGAUGAUGAUGAAUUAAGUGAAAAAAUUGAACUUGAUAAAAGAACAGUAUCAAGUGAAAGUAGUAAAAGAGAUGAUGAAGAAUUACAUAUAAAAGAAUAUUCAAAAAUACAUCGUCAAAUGUAUAGAUGA